AUGACAACAGUCAACCAACAUCUUACCAGAGGCCUUCAAUACGCACGAAAUAAUGAUUAUGCCAAAGCCGAGACUGAAUUUGAUUUAUUACUCUCAUCUGAUCGGACUAAUGUACUUGGUCUUUAUUAUCGUGGUUGUACAAGAGUUCAUCUUAAUAAAUUUGAACAAGCCGUUGAAGACUUUAAUUUAGCUAUUUCGUCAUCAACUUUAUCACCUGAAUACGAACUUCAAGCACUAUAUAAACGUGGUUUUGCUCAUCAAAAACUUUAUCAAUUCAAAUUUGCUUUGGAUAAUUACAGACAGUUCUUAAAUCGAAUGAAAGAACAAAAAAGUGACCUUAUUCACAAAGCAUAUUUUUCGAUCGGCACUAUUCAUGCUGCAUUGAAUCGAAAUGAACAAGCUGUACAUCAUUUUACCGACGCUAUUGAUAGGAGUAGUGGCACAGCUCGAGAUGACUUAUAUAUUGUUAUUAUACAAAGUAAUGAUCAUUUUCUUAAAGGUUGUGCUUAUAAUGAAUUAGGUCAACAUGAUCAGGCACUUCAAGAAUUUAAUCGGUGCUAUGAAAAUCAAUUAAAAGAUAAUAAUAAUAAUAAUAAUAAGUCAUCUGCAUUAGUUGAAAUACUCGAUGAUCAUGUUCGAUUUCGACGUGGUUUAUCCUAUGCAAGUCUUAAUCGUCAUGAUAAUGCAAUAGCUGAUUAUCAACGUAUACUUAAUAAUUCCAAUAGAUCAACUUCAUCGACAAUAGCUGAUCGAAUAUUCUUUCGUAAAGGUAUGUCAAAUAUGGCUCUCAAUGAUGUACAUGAUGCUUUAAUCAAUUUUAACAAAUCAAUAUCAUUAAAUAAUCGUCAAUCUGAUGUAUUCUAUGCACGUGGAAUGCUUCAUUUUACAUUAGGUCGACAUGAUGCUGCUGUUAAUGAUCAUCGAUAUGCAUUAGAACUUGGUGAAUCAAAUUCAAUGGUACCAUCUAUCUAUCAAACAUUCUAUCAUACCCAUAAUUAUAAUCGAGACGAGGAUAAUCCUCGCGUUUUUCAUCAAAGAAAAUUACAUGAAGCUGAAGUAGCACUAAAACAUUGCAAAGAGCAAGGAUUACCUAUCGAAGAGCAACAUCAACGAAUAGCCGAACAUCAACAACAACUUGCUCCAUAUACACAUGAUCCUGAAAAGAAUCAUCAUUCAGCUCAAAAACAUAUUCUAGAUGCACUGAAGUUUUCGGGUACUAGAACAAUGUACCAUAAUUUAACAUUUGCUAUUAACAAACUUUAUGAAGCUCAAAUAUUGUGCAAUAAAUAUCCAGGUGGAGUAUCAUCUGAACGUGUCGUCAACCAGUUUGUUACUGCAACAAUGGAAGGUAUUCAAAAAAUGGCUGAAAUACUCGAAAAAAAUGCAUUGGAUUCUAAUUGGGAAGAUUUACAAAAUAAAUUAGAUGAACUGAAUGAGUUUUCAUAUACAAAAUCGAAUAAUCCUUUUAAUGUAUUUCGUUCUGUAUAUGUCCGAAUCACAUUGAACAAAGUUAAAAUGAUGCAAAAAACAAGCGAAAAAUUCAAACAUUCUCUUCAGCAACGUGAAUUUUAUACAAUGUUAGUGAUUCGUUUAUGUAAUUUGUUCGAUGCUACACGUGCAGCUACAACAGGUAUAUUUCAACAUGCACUUACAGGUACUUUUACCAAAGUAUCUUACAUUCCUAUGCUACUUGGAUAUUUAUGUAAUUUUUUACCUAUGGGUGGUGAAGUUGUUAAAACUGUUUUCGGUAUAUGUGAAGGUGGUUUGAAGAAGAUCGAUGAAAUUCAUAUUCAAAAUGCAUUAAUACAUGUGGGAUGUCUCGAUGAUCGAGAGAAACUGAAUGAGGCCGCUGAUAAAAUUGCUGAAAAAUUAACUAUUAUGUACAAACGACAAAUUCAACGAUUUUGUGCUUCUAAAGAUGAUCUAAAUAUUAUCAAGAAAAAUGACGAAAAGAAAUCAUGUUGGUGUACUAAGCGCUGUAAAUCAUGUUGUAAUUGCUUACGAAAAUCUAAAAACCGUGUCUUUAAUGAACGUGAAACUUCCAAUAUCCAGAGUAUUGUUCAGUAUGCAUUUGAACUUCUUGUUAAUAGUCUUACAGAACUCGAAGUUUCAAAAGUAAACGAUAUUUCUGAUUUAAAUGAUUUUUUUAUUAAGUCCAUAUGUCAUUUGUCUUAUUUGCCGGAGAUCUAUUGUCAUAUUGCUUUGACGAAAAUCGAACCGACAGAUGCUACUAAUGAUGCAGAUCAUUGGAAUACAUAUGAUUUCUUUCGAAGACCUGGCGUUCAAUUUGAAGAAAAUGAUAUUAGAGCUGACAAGUACAUGGAUGUAAAAAAAUUUGGUUGUCGUGAACCUUCAUGGGAAGAAUUUUGUUGGUACAAAAAUGAUCCUGAAAAACUACAAUCAUCAGGUCUCAAGAAAUAUAAUGAAAAUUAG